AACAACAAGCCUUUUUGGACCAAUGGCAUGAAAGAGACCCGGGAAAGGGGCUGAGCAAAGGGCGAGGAGAUCAGGAGAAAAGCAGAGAGGUUGAGCAGGCUGGAUGAGAAGCAGCAGCAUCGCUCUAUUUUGUGUUUGUUUGCUUUUCCAUGCAUGCAUAAUGAGGUGUAAUGGGAGCACGUUGUGAGUGCAGUUUGUGUAUUUAAAGCCUGCAAACACUUCACAGACUGAUCCCUGGUUUGUUGACAGGAGAACCAUCAGUGGGUCAGUAGCAGAAGCCUCUACAGACCCCAAGUUUUUUUUUUCUUUUCCCUCUUUUUCUCCUCCCCUCUGUGAGAAAGUGAAAAUACUCCAGCUUCACCCUGGAGGAGAGCAGUGAAUGGGACAGCUAAGGACUCAGCCGUUUUACUUUACAGCCGGCUCAUUGUGAGGAACUCUUGGUUGGAGGCAGCAGAAGGGGACAAUAUCCAGCCAGAGCGCACUUGUGGAAGGAUACCCAGCAAGGCAGGAGACAUGAGCUGUGUGCCCUGCAAGGGGGCACCGGUCUGCAGUCCCUGCCAUCCCCUCUCCAAACUCUCCCAGUGAGGACCAGCUCUGCAGGAGGACCAGGAGGGCUAGUACUUGGAUGGAUUGGCAGCUUUGAGGCUCCCAUGCUCUCACAUCCCUGCUCCAGCUGAGCCCACGCUUGUUUUAUUGUGUGAAUUGCCCCCACUGGCCCCUACCAUGGCUGGCUGGAGGAUCCCGUGCUUGCUGCUGCUGGGCUCCGUACUGGGGCUGGCGGCGGGCCGGAGACUGAUCUGCUGGCAGGCGAUGAUGCAGUGCCAGGGCGAAAUGGAGUGCCACUAUGCCUACAGCCAGUACACGGAUGCCUGCGCCUCGGUGCUGCCCAGGCCGGGGGAGACCCCCUCCUCGUCCCAUAGCUCCGGCCGGCGCCGCUGCCCCAGUCAUUGCAUCGCUGCCCUCAUCCAGCUCAACCACACCAAGCGGGGGCCCGCGCUGGAGGACUGCGACUGCGCCAUGGACGAGGUGUGCAAAGCCACCAAGCGGGCCAUCGAGCCGUGCAUGCCCAGGACCAGCGGCGGCGGCUCGGCCGGGGGAGGUGCCGGAGGUGGCGCCCAUGCUGGAGGUGGCGGGAGCAGCGCGGGAGGAGGGGCGGUGAUGGGCUGCAUGGAAGCCCGCAGGGUGUGCGAGGCUGACCGGCGAUGCAGCAUCUCGCUGGGCCGCUACCUGAACCACUGCGGGCGGCUGUUCAAUGGGUUGCGCUGCACGGAGGAGUGCAGGGCGGUGAUCGAGGACAUGAUGCAGGUGCCCAAGGCCAUGCUGCUCAAUGACUGUGUGUGUGACGGCAUGGAGAGGGCCAUAUGCGAGUCCAUCAAGGAGAACAUGGCCAGGCUCUGCUUUGGGUCGGAGAUGGGUAUGGGGGGCCCGGGCAGCAGCGGGGGGUCAGACUAUGACUAUGGGGAGGAGUACGAUGAUGAAGAGAUUGGGGGCAGUAAAGGCUCUAUUGAGGACGGAGUGAUGGUGGAGGGCAGGAAGGUCAAUCAGGGCAGUGAUGGCAAUGGGACUACUGCUUGCUCUCCCCUUUCGUGGACUCUCCUGGCAGCCAUUGGACUAAUGUUGGGGUUGCUAUAGCUGGGUUGAUGUGGACAAGUCAAUGUGUGUCAUGCUAUGAGUUGGGUAUAAAGAGUCAAUCUGGGGCAACGUUCUAUAAAUGGAAAAUUUCUUAGAACUCCACUCUUAAACUGUGCCCCAGAAAUACUAUUUAUACACACAACCCCUAUGAGUGCUGUUUUAUUCCCCAUCCCAGGGUCACUGGCUGCUACCAUCACACCCUAUUCACUGAGGUACUAGGUGCCCUCUUUGCGUGUGGGUGUUUGGAUGAACACUUUGACACUCCAGGCACUCACAUGUCAAUCUGAUGUAACAUGCGGGUUGGUGAUUACUUGAUGCCAAGUCAGUGCCACUCUUAUCACCUUACUAAAGCUGUGCCUUAACAGGUCUAUUUACAUGUGGGCGCUAUGGGAGGAGAGUCGGAAUCUAAAGACAGCUGAAGAGCUGCCAGACCAGGUGCCAGUGUAUGCAUAAGUUUAACAGUGCUCAUUUAACCACCAUUCACCCUGCCAUAGUCUCACCCUCUCAUCAGCUGUUCUUGCCUGUAUUAAAUACCUGCACAUCCAAGCAGUUGGAAGAGGGGGGAGAGGGUCAACUAGGACAACGUAUGUCAUGUUAGUUGUAAAACAUAUGGGUUAUAUGUAUAUAAAAAACUAUAUAUGAGUUAUGUAUGAAAAGCAGUUCUGGAGUAAAGUUCUAACAGUGAAUUAGUCAUGAGUGAAAACAAAUUCUGAUGCACUUUUACAACUUUGCCCCAAACUGCUUUUUACAUAUAAAUCUCUAUGUAUCCACUAUGCAGUACUGUACACACUUUAAGAGUUAGCAUAGUCACCAGAAAUGCCUUUAAUUGUAUUAAUUCAGUGAUCUCUAGGCUUAAAUGCUUGUUUGAAAACACUGUGACAGGUGUACCAGCUGAAGUUCCCAAAAUGACUGCUUUACAGUUACUGAUUUAACCCUUCAGUGCCUCUUUCACCAAUGCCAGACUCAAAAACUAUUCCAAGUUUGCCUUACUGUGUUUAAGAGAUUCUGGUAUUUAAAGCACAGAAAAAAUGUCUUAAUUUCAGAAUGCAGAUUUACAACAACUGAUUACAAGUUUCAGAGGUAGAGAUAGCAUCACUUUUUUUUUUUUUUAAUAAAACCACCAUUGUUGUGAAUUACCAUCCAUAAAGAUUCUGGGGUCUAUUCACUAAAUAGUGAAGGAAAAACCAAAUAGGUUA